AUGACACCAUCAAGUACAGCAAGCGAGGACCGUAUCGUGCGAGUCCGCGCAAUCCGGGCCUGCAUCUCGUGCCGUAGCCGAAAGAUCCGUUGCGACCAGGUCCGUCCGUCGUGCGGCUCUUGCACGCGCGGCAACAUUCACUGCGAGUUCCCCAGCCAGGCACGACGGCCACCUCGCCCACGCCAGCCAGAUGCGGUGCUGGUGCAACGCCUGGCAAGGCUCGAGAGCGUGAUUGAGCAGUUGAGCUCAGGCAGGGGACAGUCGGAGGAGACGGAAGACACGUUGUCGCCGGGGAGAAAGUCGAGUGGGAGUGGCACGGAGAGUGUGGUUGGAAAUGGAGAUGUGAGGAGUCCGAGUGCGUUGGAUGAUCUGGAGGCGGGCGUGGGGAGGUUGCUGGUUAGUGAUGGGAAGAGUCGUUAUAUUGGGCCGAACUUUUGGGCGUCGCUUUCGGAGGAGGCUGCAGACCUCAAUUCGCUCCUCCACGAGACGCAGGAAGACGAGCCCGAACCGCCCUCCCCCAGCUUCGGUGGCCCCCCAUCCUUCUUCGCCCGCACCUACGCCACCGACCUCUCCAUCUUCCACCUGCCCGUUGCGCUCUCCCAGCACCUCUACGACACGUACGUGCAGGCCGUGGACCCGCUCGUGCGGGUGAUCCACAAGCCGACGUGCGCGCGCCAGCUCGCCGCCUUCCAUGCGCUCGGGUGCCAGUCGGCGAGCAAGGACUUUGAGGCGCUGCUGUUUGCAAUCUACUUUGCGGCCAUCACGUCGAUGUUGCCGGCGCGGGUCGUGGAGCUGUUUGGCUGCGAUAAGAAGGCGAUGCUGGCGAGGUACCAUGUGGCGGUGGAGCAGGCGCUGUCGAACGCGAGGUUCUUGCAGAGUGAGGAGUUGAUGCCGUUGCAGGCGCUUGUGCUGUUUAACGCGUGUCUGCGUGGAGGGGAAGAUACUCGGACGGCGUGGACACUCGUUGGCCUGGCGGUCCGAAUAGCGCAGUCGCUCGGCCUCCACCGCGACGGCUCCCACUUCCCCAUCACGGCGUUCGAGACCGAGAUCCGUCGGCGGCUGUGGUACGAGAUCUGCAUUCUCGAUUUCCGGACGGCCGAGGACCACGGGUGCAACCCGAGCAUUCCCUCCAUCUCGUACGACACCAAGCUGCCGCUCAACAUCAACGACGACGACCUCACGGAGACGGGCGUGCCCGUGUCGCGCAAGGGGCACACGGAGAUGACGUUCUGCCUGCUGCGCUUCGAGGUGCUGGGGUGCUAUGGCUUCCUGUUCCGCGGCGAUGGCGGUGUCAGUCUGGCGGAGCGGGAGAAGAGGAUCGAGGAGACGAGGCUGAUGAUGUUUGAGAAGUACCUGAGGGAGGUGGACCACACGGAUCCGCUGCAGAAGGUCACGUAUACGGUGUGGAAGCUGAUGAUGGGAAAGGCAUUGCUGAGCCUGUAUCACCCGCUGCGGCACUUUAAGGACGGCGAGUUCCUAUCCAAGGAUCUGAAAGAGAGACUCUUCAUCGCCGCGCUAGAAACACUCGAAUACGGCGCAGCCUUCGCCGUCAACUCGCGCUCGCACGGCUACGCGCAGUGGAACUGGUUCUUCCAGAAGCACGGGCACCCGCACUCGCUCGCGCUGGUGCUGCUGGAGCUCAACGAGCGCCCCAUCCACGACUCCAACGGGCUGUACGAGCGCGCGUGGCGCGCCGUCGAUGGCUACUUUAAUCGCGACCUGUGGAGCAUGGGCAAGCCCGUGCUGUCGGAGAAGAUUUGUCUGUGGAAGCCGCUCGGGCGACUGCGGGAUAAGGCGCUGAAGCGGCGGGCGAGGAUCAUGGCGGAGGAGGCAGGGGGGGCGCUGGGGCCCGAUGGGGAUGGGGAUGGGGAGGCGGCGAAGGGGAAGGUGCAGGUGGGGGGUGGGAGCGGGUUGUUGGAGGAGCUGGUGGGGACGGAGGGGUGGGCGGCGAUGGAGGAUUCGCCGCCGAUUGAUUGGAAUGCGUGGGAUGAUAUGUUUACGACUACAACGAUGGAGUUCGAGUAA